AAUUUUCCACCUUGCGGUCUUGCUUUUGCAGCUGAGUGGAGAAUAAAAAUGAUAAAAAAAAGCGUGAAAUUAAUAUUUUUUUCAUAAUAUUUUGCAUUUAAAUUAUGUUGUUAAUGAUAUCCGUGUAAUUAAAAAUCCUCAGACAUUACUGUAUUCUUGAAAAAUCGAAAUGGGUCGCAAGAAAAACAAGCCGAACAAAGGAAAAAAUGAAGACAAAGUGAAAAUGCUGCAAGAAGAUGAGAAUUCAGACGAAGAAAUAUCGGAUCAAGCUCAUGGCAAACUUCUAGAAAGCAUUAAACAAGUCCAUGGCAAACCGAAAAUCGUACCAGCUACUCGAAGUGAACCGGCUGCAGAAGUAUCAGAAUUCGCAUUCUCGUCUAGAAAGGAUGAUGCCGGAGAUAGUCAGAGACAUCUCGAAAAAGAUCUAGUACAAGCUAUCAAGAAAAAGAAUCGUAAAGUUGCCCGUGAAUUGGAAUCUGCGAAGAGUUCUCGAACUUUAGCGAAGCCUUUAGAAAGCGUUCACGAGAAAAAAAUUCAACGAGAAAUAGGAUUUGAAAACGUCAGGAAACAAUUGAAUAGAUGGGAUGAUGUAGUGAAAACUAAUCGUUUAGCUGAUCAGUUGGUAUUUCCUUUGAAUCAGAAUAAAGUUCAAGUUUACGAUCACAGUGCUGAGGAUUUAUUUUCUUCGUUGCCGAAUCCAACUCCAUUAGAGAAAGAAUUGGCUCAAGUAUUGAAUUCUAGUAAAAUUGCGAAACAACACGAAGAAAAAUUGCAAAAAAGUAAAUUCCGUCUAACGCUGAAAGAAAUGAUCGAGAAACGUAAAAUGUUCGCCAAAGUUAGAGCCCAAGCAUCGUAUAAAAUUGCCAAAGCAUGGCGUCAGAAUAAAAUCAAGAGUAAAAAGUAUCAUCGAAUCCUGCGACGUGAAAAAACCAAACAACAAAUGAAAGAUUUCGAAGAGUUGCAAAAAACCGAUCCUGAAGCAGCCAUGAAGCAAUUAGAACUACUGGAGAAGAGCAGAGCAGAAGAGAGAGCCACCCUAAGACACAGAAAUACCGGAAAAUGGGCUAAAAAUCAGAUAAUUAAAGCCACUUAUAAUAAAGAGAGUCGUGUAGCGUUAUCCGAACAGCUACAAAAGAAUCGAGAGCUAACUGAGAAAAAACACAUCGAAGAAAGCGCUUCCGAAUCCGAUACUGAAGAUGAAUCUACCCCUGCUACGAAAAAAGACCCUAAUAAUCCUUGGAUCGCUGACAAUAGCAACGAAUAUGCGCAAUUUGUAACGAAUUAUAAAAAAUUUUGGGAAGAGAAAUCGUCUACCGAGCCGAAGCCUGAAGAAGACACGUUCGAAGAUAAUUUUACGAAUAAUGAUACCGAAGAUAAAUCUUCGGGUAUUGAAUCCACUCUCGAGCAAUCCGUCGAGCAAGAGAAAAAGACUAGUAAAAAACGGAAAUCAUCGCUGAAAAAUGAUAACGAAGAGAAAUCUAAAAAAGUCGAAUUCGUCGAGCAAGAAAAAAAUACCAAGAAACGAAAAGGAUCGCCGAAAAAUAAACAAACGAGUAAAAAAGUAAAAACAGUGGCCCAAAUUGUCAACCGUAGUGGUUCGUGGACUGUAACGGAAAACGAAUCUGAACCCGAACACGAUGAUUUAUCUGAACCUGAACCAGAUGAACCAUCUAAGCCUCAAAAUAAGACCGAUAAAUCAGCUGAAAAACGCAAAAACCGAAAACACGUUGAAAAUCUUGAUUCAGCUCGUCCUUUGAUCACUGAUCAAGAUUUUGUCCAACUUGGUGCAGAUUUACGAGGUAAUAAAGAGAAAGUGGAGCCUGCGAAGAAAUCUGACACCGAUGAGAACAUCGAUCCUAAUAAAUACCUCAAAGUUAAUGCCAAACGUUUAAUGACCGAGUUGCCAGAAAUAAUCACCGGAGGAGAUGAAGGCAUUGACGACGAGGAGGAAGAUUUCCAACACAGGAUGACCAUCGGUGAAGCUUUCGCUGACGAUGACGUAGUAGCUGAAUUUGAAGAAGAAAAGCAACAAGCGAUCGACGAAUCUUUACCGAAAGAAGUUGAUUUAACGUUGCCUGGAUGGGGUUCCUGGACCAGUGGCACUAUUCAAGAAAAAGAAGCCAAAAGACCUAAACGUAAACGAAUCAAUAAACGAUUGUUAUUCAGAGUUCCUAAAGCUCCACCUCGUAAAGACGCUAAUAAAGGUCACGUCGUGAUAAAUGAAACGAAAAAUGAUAAAAUCAAGGAGCACAUGGUGAGUGAUCUCCCAUUCCCCUUCAAUUCGGUGAAGGAUUACGAAGCUACAGUCAGAGCGCCAAUUGGCCGCACAUGGUUACCAGAGACAGCUCAUCAGAAACUAAUCGCUCCUCCUGUAGUUACUAAAUUAGGAACUGUUAUUAAUCCAAUGGAUGAAGGAGAACUGCUCCGUCGCGAAGAUUACAAAGAAGAUUGAAAGAUCUUCGUGUGAUAUUUGAAUUUAAUUGCAAAUCAAUCGCAUUCAAAAGUUACAGUCUGCAGGUAUACGUUAAAAAAUUGCAUUAGGGUCUACUCAAAUAUUUUUUUCUUUUGCGAUUGCACUCGCGUAACGCGAAUUUUUCGCGGUGCUCUUGUGACUUCGUAUUAAAAAACUGUGAUUAGUAAUCUAUAAUAGGUGUCUAGUACGUAUAGAAUACGUCGUUUAAUCAUUCGUGUAAGUUACAAAUAUAUAAAUUUAUAAAUUGGA